CCUUAAAUGAAUAAAAAUUCCAAUACUUAGUAUUUAUUUAUUUAGAUUAUAGUGAUACCCUUAUAAAAGUUGUGAUAGUUGGAAACUGCAACGUAGGAAAAUCUUGCAUUUUAAUGAGGUAUUCUGAAAAUUAUUUUACAUCAUAAUAUUACAAUACUAUUGGUGUAGAUUUUGUAUAAAUAAAUUUUAUUUAGAGAAAACUAGAGUAAUAAAAAUAGGGAAUGAAGAUGUGAAAUUACAGAUUGUAUUUAAUAAAAAUUAUUUUAAGUGGGACACUGCAGGAUAGGAAAGAUUUAAAGCUUUAACAAAUAAUUACUACAGAGAUGCACAUGGAGUAGUGAUUGUGUAUGAUGUAACUGAAAGAUCAACAUUUGAUGCAGUUGAUAGUUGGAUUGAGGAUAUUGAUAAGUAUUUAGCAUUUAAUCAUUUUCAAAGGUAUGGAAGAAAAACAGUGUAAAAAUUAAUUGUUGGAAAUAAGGCUGACAUACCAAAUAAAAGAAAAAUUAGUAAAUAGGAGGGCCAAGAAAAAGCAAGAUAGUUUAAUGCUCAAUUUUUGGAAACUUCAGCCAAAACAUCUGAAAAUGUAGAUAAACUAUUUAUUUAAAUUUGUGAACAAGUUUUGAACAUGAAAUAGUAGCAACCAUAAAAUCAGAACAAUAAUCUAAAUUAAAAAUAAUAAAAUUAACCGUAAAAUGGUGGAGGAUGUUGCUGA